AUGCCUACAAAGGCAGAACUCACACAAGAAAUCUAUCUUCUGCUUGCGACCAUUCAUGUCAAUGGAUGUGUCCUAAAUCCUGAGAUGGCUCAGAAGAUCUUUGAUCGCUGGCGUAGGUCAUCGAUGAGCUACAUUAUUUGUUCAACCAUACUAACAUUAUUAGCUGGUGUUAUGGGUCCUCGUCCAGAGAGUGCUGAGGCCAUCGCCAACGACUACAACACAAUUCUACAACAGGUAACCACAUCAUGGCACUUUGACUUAAGAACCUACACUCUAACUUUCUCUUUCUUUACAGAAGNNCCUGCAGAAACCCUUACAAAGACAACCAAGACUCCCAACAUCCAGAAAGCCAUUAAGAGUGUCGUUAAGGACAACAACAUCGACUCGCCAUUCAUCUUGGCUCGCAGCAAGAAACGUAUUGCAGCUCCUCGUGUGCCUAAACUCGAAUCACCUAGUCCUCGCUGCAAGAAGGAGACCCCCGAUGUCCCUUCCACGACUGCCAGAAUCCUUGACAACAAGAUUGCGCACUUCAUCGACCUGACUAGCGAUGCCGACGAUGAUCUGCCCGAUGAGACACCCUCGAAGAAACCCAAGAUGGAGUAG